AUGGAGAAGGGCAAACAAGUAAAUUCAGUAGAAGGAGAACCAUAUGGCCCAUGGAUGGUAGUACAAAGACCUGUAUGGAAAAGGAAAUUAGGGAAAAGCGUAGCUAGUACAAGUAGUGAGGCGGAUGGGAGUAGUGGAAAGAAAUUGCAAAAGGGGACAGAAGAGAUGAAUGAACCACCUGAUCCUAAACCUCAUAUGAACUCUAUUGAGAGUGAUAUAAUAUUGGAAGCAGUAUUGCAAUAUGAAAGAGGAAGAGAACUCCCAGAGAGGCAAGGGAAAAAGCAAGAAAAUGAAGAAAGUGAAGAAAGCAAUAGCAUGGAGAUGAAGAAACAUUUUGAUGAAGCUAGCCAAGCGGGUGCCUCCUUCAACGGAAACAAUGACAAUUUCAGAUCGAAUAACGACUAUGGUUCUAGAAACAACAAUAAUGGUCCAUCAACGAGUUCAAGAAGAUUAUCAAGCUUGCAUUCACAAAGACAUAGGGCUAGCAGAAGCUGUGAAUCCAUACCCGCAUCACUGUUAUGGAGCAAAAAUGGCAGCGGUUGCAACAGUUUCAACCUACCGCCGCCGCAACUCUCGAGAAGCUCGAGUGCUCGGAAGAGCUUCUCUUCUACAAUCAUGUAUUCCAGUUCAUCGUCUGCGAUGCUAAAACCGCAACCCAUCGAGAUGACGGUUGAGUGCACCCUUGAGGAGUUGUGCCAUGGAUGCAUUAAGAAGUUCAAGAUCAAAAGAGAUGUCAUCACUCCUAAUGGGGAAAUGUCUCAAGAAGAAGAGAUCGUAACGUUAAAUGUGGAGCCAGGAUGGAGGACUGGUACAAAAAUUACAUUUGAAAGUUCCGGAAAUGUUAGAGCUGGUUUAUACCGAGAAGACGUAAUAUUUUCUAUAUGGGAGAAAAAGCACCAAUUAUUCCGAAGAGAAGGUGAUGAUUUGGAAUUGGUGCUUGAAAUUCCCUUGGUAAAAGCACUCAGUGGAGGCAUAAUACCGAUCCCAUUAUUGGGGGGAGAAGAGAUGAACGUGAGUUUUGAAGAAGAUAUCAUAUUCCCUGGUUUUGAGAAAGUAAUCUCUGGCCAGGGCAUGCCAAUUUUCAAUGAUCCAGACAAGAGAGGAGACUUGAGAAUUAAGUUUCUUGUUGAGUUUCCAACAUAUCUCACUGAUCAACAACGGGCUGAGGUUGUUAGCAUAUUACAAGAGUAGUCUUCAUUCUCAAUAGCAGUUGGAGUUUUUUUUUUUAUUAUUAUUUUUUUAUUCAUUUUCAUUUAUUCAUUUUAUUUAUUUAUUUGUUUGUUUAUCCGUAUUAUUGAAUAGAUUAAGUUUUCAUUCAUCAGGUAGGUUAAGA